CGCCCGGAGACUUUCUGUUCAAACGCCGGCCAAGCCCGCUCUCCCCAGCCCAUCCUCGUGGGCUCGGAUCGCCGCUGCCCAGUGGCUGGCAGGCGCCGCCUGGCUGCGGGGGAGUGUUCCAGCCCGGGCGCCUUUGGAGACUCAUGCCACUGCGCGCUGCAGGUGGGAAGCAAACAGAAGGAAGUCGGAUUUCUCCCCGUGGUCUCCUUUUCCCAGGCGCAUCCCAGAGAGAGACAUGGCUCCUGGGCUGAGCAGGGUUAACGCAUCGCUGCUUUAAACACACCCAGGCCUCCAGACUAGCUCCCAGCCCUGGGUUCCAAGCAUGGACAGCAUGUGCGAGAGUCCCAUCGGGGAAUGUUCAGACCAGCCCCCCCUGGAAGAAAAAGCAAAGGAGCCCCCUGUGCCACCCAGGGCAAAGCCACCGUUCAGUAUCAUCUUCUCCACGCUGCUCUUCUGUGGGGAGUGCGUGGCGGCCGGGAUCCUGUGUGCCUCCUACAGCCACUCGGACGACCACUUCUGGCUCACGCUCACCAUCCUCUUCAUGCUGUAUCCAUCCAUCUUGAUCCAGUUGACCCUCAUUUUUGUCCACAGGGAUUUGACCAGUGACAAGCCACUGGUGCUACUGCUGCAUCUUCUCCAGUUGGGGCCCGUCAUCAGGUGCAUCGAGGCCCUGGUGGUUUACUGUUGCUCGGGGCGACAGGAGGAGCCCUACGUUACCAUCACACGCAAGAAGAAGCUCCGGAAGGGCUGUGAGGUGGAGCUGGAGCAGGAGGUGGGCCACUCCAUCCGCAGGCUGGUCACGCACCGCGAUGCCUUCAAGCGCAUGGCCGUGAUCCAGGCCUUCCUGGGCUCCACCCCACAGCUCACGCUGCAGCUGUACAUCAGCAUCAUCGAGAAGUAUGUUCCCAUUGCCAGAGCCGUCCUGAUGGGCAUCUGCCUGCUGUCGGUUACCUACGGGGCGCUGGUCUGCAACGUCCUGGCCAUCCAGAUAAAAUACGACGACUACAAGAUCCAGCUGCGGCCGCUGGCCUUCAUCUGCAUCGUCCUGUGGCGCAGCCUGGAGAUCUCCACCCGCGUGGCCGUCCUGGUGCUCUUCUGCAGCGUCUUCAAGCACUGGGUCAUCCCCAUUAUCCUCGCCAACCUGCUCGUCCUCUUGCUCCUGCCCUGGGUGCGGUUCUGGCGCAGCGGCGCCCGGCUGCCCGACAAUGUGGAGAAGAACUUCAGCCGGGUGGGCACCGUGAUGGUGCUGUGCUCCGUCACCCUGCUGUACGCCGGCAUCAACAUCUUCUGCUGGUCGGCCGUGCAGCUGAAGCUGGCUGACCGGGACCUGAUAGACAAGGCGCAGAACUGGGGCCGGUUGGCCACGUAUUACGCUGUGCGGCUGGUGGAGAAUGCUGCCCUGCUGCUCCUCUGGUACUUCUUCAAGACGGACGUGUUUGAAUACGUCUGCGCCCCGCUGCUGGUGCUGCAGCUGCUGGUGGGCUACUGCCUGGCCAUCUUCUUCAUGCUCCUCUUCUUCCAGUACCUGCACCCCUGCCGCCAGCUCUUCCAGCACAACGUCUCUGACUUCCUGCAGUGCGUCUGCUGCCGGCAGAGGGAGCCAGACAGCCCCACCCAGCUCGAUGCCCCGUGCGAGCCCAGCGUGCGGCACAGCAUCGUCUGAUAGAACGCGCUGGCCUGGUGCUGCCAGGCGUCUGGCUGUGACACGUGCCUGUUUACAGACCCAGAGGGGGCAGACAGUCUACAAAGCUGUGAUUUACAAAGAGGGGGCUGAGCCCAGGGGGGCCUCAUCACCAGCCACUAGCACAAAGCGAGGCUAAGCUGAGCAGGCACCGAGGCCCAGAAUUCUCCUGGGCCGCUCACCCUGCAGAUCUGGCCCCUCUGAUGUCACGGGGGCCUGUCGACCCGUUGCAGGCUGUGAACGGGAGAGGCGGGGCGAGGUCGCCCUCCAUGACGACACCCACACUGCACGAGCAAAGGGCACACGCGUCCCCACCCCCACCCCCUCACUUGUCAAGAGAGCCCGUGUUUGGGGCAGGAGCCAGGUCCAGCCCCUGCCCCUGCUCUCCCAGCACUCCACCCCCCACCCAUACACUGAAUCAAUUGCACACCACCCCCUGGGCCCCAGGGGCCACCCUCUGGUGCCAUGGAAGUGCCACCUAAGUCCCUGCAUCUUGACCCCCUGGCUGCUCUGCCCCUUUGCAUGGUGCCGCAUUUCUCAGCGGUUCCAUGCCAGAAAGGACGCUGUGCGUGAUUGUGCUCUGCCCCCUCCCCCUCCUCCUUCCCGGGGUUUUCUCCCUGGUUAUUACUGUACGUUUGUGGAACUCAAAGGAUGAAUCUUGAAGUUGACAUGGUGGGACAUGGUCUGUGUUUUAAAAGAAUUGGUGUCA